AUGGCCCGCCAACGCUCUAAAGCCGCCUCUUCCAAGGCUAUACCCCCUAAGAAGAAGAGUCCCAAGGUCCCUGCUUCUGUCAAGGAUGACAAGAUGAUUCUGCUUUGGAUUUGCCUGUCAAAUCACUCAGGUGAAAUUGACUUUGAUGCCGUUGGAGCCGCAUAUGGCAUAUCCCGCAAUUCAGCCCAACAGCGCUACUACCGGCUGCGUGCCUUCAUGACGAUGCAGACCCUUCCCGGUCAAAAAGCACCCGCUCAAGUGUCCACCGAUGACGAAGAGAAUCUCGAGGAAGUUGGCGAAGAAGAGGAAGACAAAGAAGGGGAGGAUGACGAUGAGAUCUAG